AUGGGGGCGCACCCUGCCCAGAAACGACCAAAAUCGUGGAUUGAUAUGCCCCAGGAGAUCAAGCAAAUGAUACUCUGCCUGCUUGACCCAUUCACGCUGUCUGUCUUCUUAGCAGCUAUGCCGGACAUAAGGCCUCUAGCGGAUCGGUUUAAGAGAACAAGAAACUUCAAGACACUCCCAAUAAUGGCUGAGCUGCUCGCCUCAGCUCAGCCAGUACCGAACCCAUCAAUACGUCCGUUUCACAAGCCGUUUGAAGAUUUUGUUAGUUGUGGUGACGGCAGAUACUUGAGUUUCAAGUCUGAUGGUAGAUCCCACAUUUGGUACUGGGACUUCAAAAGAUUCCCACAUACACAACCCUGGAAAGCCGAGGAAUGGAAAUCAGAACCUGAGAGCAUCGGGGUCGCGGGAACUAUGUCGGUCACGGUGUGGCCUAGAAGGCGGGGUCGUACAGCUUUCUUCAAUGUUCCAGAGCUUCUAAACCCAAGGAUCUUUGACUGCGGAAGACUUUGCCUUGGAUACGAAAAGCCAGAACCAGGGCCUUGGAGGCUUGUUGUCCGCCAAGUCUCAGACUGGGAUUUGGUUGCCGAACAAUCCACACCAGACUCUUCCGAGCAUGCAUACGUGCUUGAUGGUGAUAGCGACCUAGUCGUUCAAUACUCACCGACACAUGGUGGUAUUCGCAUAUGGAAUCCUCGCCGCAAGAGACUCUGGGAAGUACAACAUUCAAAUGCCACCCGUUUCAACUGGCCAUGCAUCCUUCAUGGCCAAAAAGGCUUCAUAACCACCUCGAAACCGGAUACAUAUGAUGAUUUACACAUCAUGAGUUGGAGAAAUAUUGUUUGGCAAGAUAGCGCUGAGCCCUCUUAUAUGGAGCAGCAGGAUUUCGGCCUUUCCUUAUCAUAUCUGUUUCCCAAAAAUCUCGUCAACGGCCAAUCUAUUGGGAAUUCCUAUUUGGGGUGCACGCAAAUCCAUGAAAUCUGUCGGAAUGGUAUAUUGUUUUCCCGGCCAUUUGAUUCUCCUCUCGCGGUGACAUAUAUGGGCAAAAUGAUGGAGGUUGACAGCCUUGAAAGAGGUUUUUUGGAUGAGUUUUCCGACGGCACUUACGUUCUUCGCACCGAUGACCUUCAAAUGAUGAAGGAUGACGAACAGAUAUGGAGGCUUGAAGAUGGUAGGCAGUGCUGCGGCGCUAUGAUUUACCGGGAUGCUUUUCUUAUUGUUGUGCAUUGCGAUAAUUACCGAACGCUCCCUUCCAAAGUCAUCUUCCUAAACAUCAACGGAGAGUUGGUUUAUGAAUUCCAGUUAUCCUGGAAGUACGGAGGCGACGAGAUACGUCUCCUCGAGGAGGAAGGUAAAGUCAUUAUUCUUGCAGAUGACUUGUCAGAAGCUACUGUCUGGAGGUUUUUUGAUCCUGCCCCAUCUGCCCCAUCGACCAAACGGGCAAGCGAAGGACAGGACCGCCAUUUUUUGAGACCUCGGAAAAGGGGAAAACUAGUGUGA